UCGUACAGAAAAUGCUACAAUACCCCUUUCAAUACCAAGAAAACAUUUCGGAUGAUCUAACUGAUCAAAAUCUGGGAUACAAACUCGACAAUAUGGAUGCAGUUUUUAUGCCACUGCAAAUGUGCAAAACUUGGUACCUAGUUGUGGCAAAUUUUUGGAAGAAACGAUUUGAGGUAUUGAGCCCAUUGGGGUACACUAACGAAUUGAUAAGAGAGGCACGGUCUGUGGUGUACAACUUCCAGAAAGCAUUUCAUAAUGCAUAUUCGGGGUCCGGAAGAGUAAAAAUUAAAGCAAUGGAUAUUACCUUCCAUACCAUAUCAAACUCAGACAACGAAUCCGACAGUGGUAUAUUUAUCAUGAAGGCACUGGAUUUAUAUGAUUUAGAGAAACAUAUCUUCUUUAAAGAUUCUGAUGCCAAAGGACUCCGUGAACACUUAACAUUCUAUCUCUUGGACCACAAGUACAAUGAGAAGGCCCCUAUCAUGUACAAGGGUUAGUGGGCCCAUAAAGUCAGGGUCAUGUGGUUCUGCCUGAUCAUAGAAGCGUUGGAUGUAACCAUAUAUUCUUGCUACCAUCAAAUAAGGAGUUAGACCAAGAGACUUUGUGAAUAUACAUCAUUUCAAAAUUUUCCACAAGAAGCAAAUGUUGUGCACAUGAUCAGUUAGCUAGGACGAAGGUCUCCACCGGAUGCUUGGUUGGAUGAUCAACCUAAUUUCAUUGUACACUUUCUAAUGAAUUAUAUAUAAAAAACAUU